UGAGGGCGGGGUUUAUAUAUAUCAUAUUGGAGGUGUAGCUGUGACCAUCGGAGGAGAGUGAUAGGUGAAGGGGUGGAUGGAUUAGACAUUUUUAGUGGAGGAGAUUUGAUUGAUAUGCAACUGCAAGAGAGCGGACUAGAAGCUUAAGCUGAAGUGUCUGCCUGUGGCGCAGAUCGAACGGGCCCUAACUGGGUGUCGUCGAUGUGAGGCCAUCCGCGAUGGCUCUGGUAUUAGACAGACGGGCAUUCCCCACGCCCGACAUGGUUGAUUUGAGCUGUCAUGUCCAGGUUGGAAUAUGGUUUAUUGAUGGCCACAGGGGAUGGGAUGGCCGGGUAAAAAAGCGCACGAGGGCUGGUUCCAGGCGAGGAUCAUUGGCAGAGCUGGUGGGAUACUACGUUCUUAUCACGACUCGGCGGCGGGCAUCAACCAUGCCAGCGGACGGUCGCCUUUCACCACCACCCACUCCCCCACGCACUACGAGCAAAUCCAAGCUUAGAAACCGAAAGAGACGGUCCGGCCCAUCACGACCAGCUAGACCAGGUGGGACAAGGGAGCUUCGCAUCACGACGAACACGCGCGCCAGCCAGCGCGAUGGCUCAUACUCCCGUCCGUCGAACCGGAAGCGCCCAACCGCCAAACAAACCGAUGCGAACCAGGGAUGGAAAGACAAUGCGCACUGGAACCCCCGAGCAGGACGGGCGAUCAUAGGCCCCAUCCCCGGACCCUUCACCAGGCCUUGCGCUGGAACGGCCAGUCCCCCCCAAAGUCAAAUGCAUAACAUCAUGGCGCCCCUCGUGACCCGAGCCUCUCUCCGCACGAGGGGAGAAGCCCAAGUGAAACCCACGUCCGCCAUGGCGCUUCCAUUCAGAGCCCGUCCACGCCGACCAGGUCAAUGGACCCGGCCGAAUGUAAGGGGGAGGGUUCUGACGGCGUCGAAUCAGUCGGCCAAGGUGUCGUCACUGCGCAAGCAAGUUGGGGGUGGCCCAUGAAGCUUGAUCGAACUGCAGCGCUACCUUGGAUACCUACUGAUCGGGCGGCCCGGACGGGCGCGAUCAGGAGUCGAUGGAAACAUCCCCCCGAACUCGGGGAUCGCACUACAUA